GUUCGUUUCGCAUUUCAAAAAAUCGCACCCGCAGACAAAAGCAAAGAAAAAAACUUCAACAGAAAAGCAUCGGCGGCAGCGGCGUCCAUCGUAUAAAUUUUUGUUAUUCAACACAGUUUGACGGUGGAAAAUCCGCAACAAACCAGACAGUGAACGCGCGCGAAAAGUGACCCCCUCAAACCCGGCCAACGAUGGAACGAAAACCGGAAACGCAGAUCCAGAACGCCCCGAGCGAUAUUAUUUCGUCGGUGAAGUUUUCGCCGAACACGAACCAGUUCCUGCUGGUGUCCAGCUGGGAUUCGAGUGUCCGGCUGUACGAUGUGGUCAACAAUACCCUGCGCCAGAAGUACUACCACGAUGCCCCGGUGCUGGAUUGCGCCUUUCAUGAUUCCGUCCGCACGGUCAGCGCCGGAUUGGACAACCUGGUCAAGCUGUAUGAUCUAAACACACACGCUGAGAGCAUCCUCGGCAGCCAUGACGCCGGAGUCAAGUGUGUCGAAUACUCGUCCAAAGCGAACGGCAUCCUGACCGGAAGCUGGGACAAAACGGUCCGCCUGUGGGACAUCCGCGAUAAGGAUUGCGUCGGGAAGUACGAGCAGAGCAAUGGAAAGGUAUACUCUAUGAGCUGCAUCGACGAGAAGCUGGUGGUCGCCACGUCGGAACGCAAGGUCCUCGUGUGGGACCUGCGAAACAUGGGCCAGUACCUGACGCGGAGGGAAUCGUCCCUGAAGUUUCAAACCCGGGCCAUCCGGUGCUUCCCGAACAAGGAAGGCUACGUGAUGAGUUCGAUCGAGGGCCGCGUCGCCGUCGAGUACUUCGACAUGGAUCCGGAAGUGCAGAAGAAGAAGUUCGCCUUCAAGUGCCACCGCUCCAAGGAGAACAACAUGGAACUGAUCUACCCGGUCAAUGCCGUCAGCUUCCACAACGUGUUCAACACGUUCGCCACCGGUGGUUCCGAUGGCUACGUGAACAUCUGGGACGGAUUCAACAAGAAGCGCCUGUGUCAGUUCCACUUGUAUGAUAGUUCGAUCUCGUCACUGGCUUUCAGCUACGACGGAAGCACCCUGGCCAUUGCGUGUUCGUACCUGGACGAAGCGGAAGUGCCACCGGAGCCGGUGCCGCAGCCGACGCUCUACGUUCGCUACGUGAGCGAGGCCGAAACGAAGCCGAAAUAACCAGGCGGACUAGGUUUAAGGUAGGUUUAUGUUUUCUCUGUCUCUAUUUGUGAAUAAAUUAACGUUCUGUGUAAGAAACUGGA